AUGUUGGGAGCGAGCGCUCAUUCACACAUGCGUCUGAACUCUCACUUGAUGGAGCUUUCGAUGCGAGCUGCUGAGUCUGCGCAUGUGCUGAAGAAGGAACGCAUGAAGACCGGAUAUCUCUCUCCCUCCCAGACAGUCAGUCAGUAUGCAUCAGGUGGAGCUAACACAGUGCUGACAGAGCUGGAAAGAUGUGAAUCUAUUCUGCAAGUGAUCCCUCCCAAUUCGAAAUUCCGCUUGGUGUGGGAUCUUUGUGGCGUACUCCUGAUUGUACUGGAUGCAUUCCUGCUUCCCAUGACUAUGGCUUGGAGCGAGUGGGAAGUAACCCCAAUGCCUUCUUCCUUCAGCUUUUCCAGCCGAGUACUGCAGAUAUUUGCCAUUAUAUCCUUAGCGUUUUGGCCAUGUGAUAUCAUAGUGAACUUCAACACCGCCUUCUAUGUUCGCGGCUUCAUCGAGACCCGGCGCUGGGAAAUUGCCAAGCGCUAUGCGUACACGUGGCUGGGGUUUGAUAUUUGCGUCGUCUUGCUGGACUUUGCCGCGGGUUUCCUGGGGCAGGCGUCAGAGGAUGCGCCUGCAGACUUUUUGCAGCCGUUGCGGUCCGCCCGGUAUUUGCGAAUACUGCGAACGAUUCGGAUCCUCAGGAUUCUCAAAGCAGGCAAGAUUAAUGUGCUGCUGGAGAAUCUUGUUAUCUCGAUGGGACGGCAGUGGAUGAUCUUGGCCUUCACAGUCGGGAAGAUGCUGGUAGCCAUCGGGGCCGUCGCGCACAUUCUAGCAUGCAUCUGGUUCGCACUGGGUGACACUGUGCAAUCUGCCGGCCAACAUCGAAGUUGGCUAGAAUUUGCCGGAAUCACACGAGAGCAAGGAGCAACCUUUCACAUCCAGUACAUUCACUCGCUGAUUUGGAUGCUACUUCCGCCUUCACCGCCUCCCCUGGAUCCCUUCAGUGGCAUUGAGCAUCUGGCCGUGCUCAUCCUGUUUGUCACAACUGUUUUGGUCAUUGGUUCGGCUUUGUCAAUCCUUACCGGCACCUUGAACGAGAUCCGCCAGGUGAAUAGCGAGCGCAGCAAGAAGCGCCGUGAGCUGCGCAUUUUCCUGCAGACGCGAGCCGUGUCCACCGAGCUCCUGAUGAGGGUCAUGAGCUACGCAGACUACAGGAUGACACGCCACUCACCUGUCGCUUAUGAUCCCAGCUUGAUCUCACCGAUGCUUGAGGCAGAAUUGGCCACAUCUCAGUUCGGUUCCGUUCUGAAUGCCCAUCCACUGUUUGAGUUUAUCUCCUCGUCGUAUCCGGCGGUCUUUGCCGAGUGCUGCCGCGUUUUAAACAAGCAUUUCUACUGCGAAGGAGAGGCCGUCUUCAGCGAGGGCUCGUUGGCCGAGAAGAUGUACAUCAGCAGCCACGGCACGUUUAAACUGACGGCAGAGGCAUAUCCGCAUGACCAUGCCCUCGUCGAAGACGAUUGUCACUACUUUGCGGAGAUCUCCCUAUAUGUGGAGGCGGCGGUGCACAGAUGCAGUUUGCACACGGACUCCUUUUCCGAAGUUUUCUCGCUGACCGCAGCGGAUUUUGCCAAGAUUCUUGUCAAUUCGCCUCUGUGCACGACCAUGGUGAUAGAGUACGCCAAUGAGUACAUCUCCUGCUACACGGCGGCCCCGGCAACAAAGCCAGGGGGCAUAUGGCACAAGGCUGAGUGGGAGCGAGAAUGUGCACAAAUGGCUUGCACAAACAACUCGUUCUACCUUGAGGAGCAUGUGGACAAUCGGCAGGUGCUGGAGACUUUGGACCUUGCAUCUCCCCAGAAUCCAGUCGACGGCGCUGAGACCCCCCACACUGCAGCAUGGCUCAGCGUCAAGGGAGCGGAGGCUACAUUAACCCCCUUGGACUUCGUAACUUCCGUUGUUCCCGGCCAGGGUACAGCAGACAACACAGUCGCGAGCCUGCGGGAGGCCUUCCUGGAGCUGGAUCUCGAGCACGGGCUGCACGCCAGGUUUUCCGAUGCCAAGGAGCAGGAAAGAGCGGAAUCUGCCAUUCUCUCCCUAGUUGCCCUCGCGCGGAACGACUACGACAUGUACACGGCCGCGCAGAAUCAGCAAAACCGCCUGACCAACACUCAGUGGCAAAAUUUGCGGGAGCUCUUUGACUGGACGGAUGCCACUGACCAAAAGCUGCUUGCAGUCAUCUUCCUGCUCGCAGUCAAGGGCGUGAGCAAGUACAGGUCACUAACUCGGCAGUUUCCACAAGGCCAUCAGCGCCCGGAGAAGGCCAUGAAGUACAUACUCGAGUCAUAUCCAUUGGCGGUUCCGUCAGCAGCCAGUCUGAGCAGCAAUGCCCAGGAGCUGAUGACAAAAAUGCUAGACAUGCAAGGUAUCUUCAACUUUGCCCAGAUGCUCCAGGGUGAGAAUGUGCCAGCCAACUUGGGGGACCUGAAAUCAGCCGUUCAGUCCUAUCAGAGUGAAGAGCUCCUGAAAUUUUAUGUCCUCUACCUCCUCGGGUUCAUGAGCGGCCUAGCUGGUGGCAAGGGUUCUCGGUUCAUGACGCGUAGCAAUGCAAGGGCAACGCUUCUUGGCUUGGCCAUGCUGAAGCACGUCCUCGAGCAGGACCCUGCGCCCUUGUACUGGACGUACAUCCACCACAGGGGACUUGAACUGAGCAGAUGUGCAGAGCAGCCAUCAGACUUAGCAUUGCUGCGCUUAGCGUGCAACUGCCGGGCUCAGACGGUGGACGACUUGGCACGGCUUCAGGAUGCCUGGGACCAUCUCACAGCGCAGGAACAAGUAGAGCUCACGAAGCACUUCCUUGCCGAUGGCAUAACGACCCCGGCAAUCGUUUGUGAAUUCCUUCCACUUUGCUUGGAGCGAGCUCGGUCCAAUCCUUUUGUCACAGUUCGAACGCUCUUGCAGGUUUUGGUGGAACUGCUUCAGGCCGUUCGGUCGGCUGCCCCCAAAGGCCAUCAAAUUGUCACUGUGGACCUUGCAGACCUCGCGGCCUUCAUCUUGAUGGUGCAAAACAGCUACGUUUUUCAAACAUGCCUGGCUCGAGCCACUCUGAGCCUCAGGGAGGAAAGGUUCUACGUGGACGUCUCGCAGGAGAAUUGGCGGAGGAUCACAGAGCCUCCUUCUGACAUUGUGUUGCUCGCAGGCUCCGUCCGCGAGCUCGUGUACAAGUCAAGGAGAAGCGAAGAUGCCAAGAGUGCUGCACAGCAGCAAGUUCUGGUGCACUGCCACUUCUGA